GAAUAGAAAGAGGGCAAGGGCGAGCCGGUUCACGGUUCACAAACCAAUACAGUCUUCACUGUUGAAAUUCUGAAGCUAAGGAAAACACAAGAAGACUGCUUGUGUUUGUACUGUGCAAAAGUUUAUAUUGCGCGAAAAUGAAUGAACUCGGUGGACUGAGCAAUACUGUUUGGAUUGAAUAAAAGUGUGCAUUAUCAGAACAAACUCAAAUGUUAUACAAAACGAAGCAAACAAGUUAAAAACGCUGAAAAACGACCACGAAAAGGGGAAACGUUGUACAGCCUGGAUAAUUCUGUCUACCCUAGAAAUGAGUUUGGUAUUUGCAGCUCCCAAUGUGGAACGAGUUAUCGCAGCAGCGGAGUUAAUUCCUGGAGCUUUUAGCUACAAAACAACAAACAAGCGGGGUACAAAUAACAAUCGAGCAAAGAGACAAGAGCAUUCAUUUAUGGUGAACUGGGGAAUAACACUGUCUUCCUGAAAUUAAGCAAAAGAAAAGGGGAGUGGACAAAAAACCGAAUCAGCCCCGAAGAUAGAGGAAAUCUGAAAAGGCGUGCAACUUCAGACCUCUGACAACAUUGGUAUUUGCAGCCUAAAACAGCGACGGGACCUGAAAUGUGAGUUUACUAAAACAAAGCAACCGUGAGUGGACGAGUUAAGCCAUUUAGAAAAACACAUUAUUUAUGUAUGGAAGAUGUUAUUAACACUGAUCUGUAAUCGCAUACAGAGAGGAAAGGCUAUUUAAACAAAAACAAAAAAAAAACAAAAAAAAAACGGCAACAUCGACCAGGUGUUUUGUUGCAAACGAAAAAUACAUUUGGUGCUGAGGAAAGCUUUUUUCAAAGAUGGUUUAUAUGAAUGAACUGCGACCCUAUGUAUACGCACACUAUUUUGGAAAAGCAGGACUGUUCCAAUUGUUGAUUCCCGUGUUGUUGUUGGCGUGUAUUGUUGCUAAUCCUUAGCUGUCAAUAACUUGGAUUACCCGAAUUUAACCUGAACAUCUGUAUGUAAUGCUAAAUGCUCAGAACUCCUUAUCCUUUAAACUAUCUUGGUCGCAAGGCUGUUUUUGACAGUGGGAAUAUACCCUAUGUACCAUUUCAAAUUGCAUUUGGAAUUUAUUAUCAGUUGCUGAAUUUGAUUAUGGAGAUUAAACAAAGUUUAAAAGUCAAUGAGAGAAAAAGCAAAAGGUGAUGGAUACGAAUUAGGCAACAUAUUGUCCCCAGGCAAAAGCUAAGCGGGAAAACGCAAUGUAUUCUUUUUUGAAAUAUCCAAAUCAAUCUACUUACAAAUCAAUCUUGCGAUAAGAUCAUUUUAAAAGGAAAGAAAAAAAAAACAUUACAAUAGUUAAUAAAACCUUAGUUCUGCAUUGCAGACAUUUUAUUUGCUAUGAUGAGUACCAAUAUUGUGUACGAGUGGCUGAAGACUCUCCACCUCUGUCAGUACGUAGAAUCAUUUGUGGAUAACGGCUAUGAUGAUUUGGAAGUGUGUAAACAAAUUGGGGACCCUGACCUGGAUGCUAUCGGGGUCUUCCUGCCUCAUCACAGGAAUAAAAUUCACGAUGCAGUGAAGAGGUUAAAAGAAGAGGAGAAAGAGACAGCUACAGGACUGUACUUUACCCUGGAACCCGAGAUACCCCCCACUCCGGGAAUCUACACCUGCCACAAGAUAGAUCAGUGCGAGUCCAAAGUGAGGGGGGGCAAAUCUAGGACUGAACCCAGCGUCGCGAAGGUCGGGAGGAACCCUGGAUAUCGGGGUACAAGCAGGAACCAACAGCUUAGUACUUCCAAAGAGCUGGUCACUUACCCCAAACUGAAGCUGAAGAUCAUGAUCAGAGAUAAACUGAUCAGAGAUGGAAUAAACCUCAGUAAACCACCAUAUUCUAACAAGGAUGGCUCAUUGGGAAACAUUGAUGACCUGGCCCAACAGUACUCAGAGUAUUACAACACCUGCUUCAGUGACGUAUGCGAGAGGAUGGAGGAGUUACGCAAGCGCAGAGUUUCACAGGAAAUUGACGUGGAGAAACCCGAUGCCAGCCCGACAUCGCUCCAGCUCCAGUCACAAAUUGAAGAGUCUCUUGGCUUUAGCAGCACAGUGUCCACACCAGAGACCGAGAGGAAGCUGUCCCUUCCCAAGUCAAGCUCUGAAGAUGGAUCAGUAGGAAAGGGGGACUGCAAAAAGAAAAACAAGUCUUUCUGGCAGAAUUUUCGCAAGUCACAGAAGGGAGUCAUGCGGCAGACUUCAAAAGGAGAGGACAUUGGCUUUGUGGCCAGUGAGAUCACAAUGAGUGAUGAAGAGCGAAUCCAACUCAUGAUGAUGGUGAAAGAGAAGAUGAUAACUGUGGAGGAGGCCCUGGCCAGGUUGAAGGAGUAUGAGACCCAGAGCAGACAGUCCAGCAGUACUGACAAUGCAGAAUGGGUCGAUGGAUGCAAUCCAAAUGUAAACGAGUCCUCAAACUGCAAUUCCCGAGAGCAGUCUGAUGAUGAAACGGAGGAGUCGGUGAAGUUUAAGCGAUUGCACAAGCUGGUGAAUUCCACACGUAGAGUGAGAAAGAAACUGAUUAAAGUGGAAGAAAUGAAAAAGCCCGGUACAGAAGAUCUAUGUUUUGAGGGCUCCCCCACGUGCGAGUCCAGCUCUGCGCUCUACACUGGGGUGCAGAAGAAACCCCAUCUCCCACAGGAGGAUUCCUUAUCUCCCCUGCACCAGCUCUCCCUAGAGGAGGACUCAGACAGCCUGACUACCUCGCAAUCCUCCAGCAGCCUGGACACCUGGUCGGGCCACAAGCUGGUCAAGACCUUUGGCAAGUCCAGCAGCAGUCAUGCCCUUAUCUGGCCGUCCAAGAAAUCUGGAAGCGGCUCUUCCUUUUCCUCUGGAGUAGAGGGUUGUGGUGAGGAGGACCAGGUUCAGAAGGUGUCUCGCUCCAUGACAGACGGAGAGAUGAGGAGGGCCUUCAGCCCGAUAAACCAUGGGGUAAGUAGUGAGAGCAUUUACGGCUUUUAUGGCAUGACCAGGCCCCGGCACCGCUUGCUGGUGUCUCUAGAGGAAAUCCAGAAGGUCAAGAAGCAGGUGCGUCUCAAGAAAAUGGACACAUACUCCUAUUCAAGGCACGUGCCUUUGCCCACCCUAGCUCACAACGACCUCCAGCUCUUCCGGGAGAAAGCCAAGGGGAAUGGUAGCGGAAGCAUGGGCUGCGGCAUUCCUAACCGCAAACUGAGGUGUCGGACGGCUGUUAGUGAGUUUAACAUCACCUACUUGGUGGAAAGGAGCCUCUAUGGACACUUGAACUGGUCCCAGCUGGUACGGCCGGUGGCGGACAGGACACUGAGCAAAGCCGACCGGCAUGACCUUCGGCGCUGCCUGCUAGAGGAAGAGGGGGAGGCCGACAGGAAGUGGGCGGCAACCGUGGACCGUUGCACGAAAAGGGUGCUCUUACGCAUUCAGCAGAAGUCUAGAACCUGUAGCUUUGGAGGGUUUGACUUGACAAAUCGAUCACUUCAAAUCUUAAACAAUGACUCUGAACAAACAGAGGCAAUACACAGGGAAGUAAUGAAGUCUCCCACCACAUCCCGGCUAUCUCUUGGUAAGAAGGUGAAGUCUGUGAAAGAGACUAUGAGGAAACGAAUGUCCAAGAAGUACAGCAGCCCUCUGUCUGAACAGGAGUCAAGUCCUGAUGGGAUGCCCAGCUCCCCUCAGUCCCCGCAGCCAGGCACAGAUCCGCUGGAGAAGCCCAAGCUGAAGGCCGGAGGGUCUGUGGAGAGCCUGAGGAGCUCGCUCAGUGGGCAGAGUUCAAUGAGCGGUCAGACGGUGAGCACAACAGACUCCUCUGCUAGCAACAGGGAGAGUGUGAAGUCUGAAGAUGGUGAUGAUGAGGAGCCCUCCUACAGGGGUCCAUUCUGUGGCCGAGCCCGGGUCCACACAGACUUCACUCCCAGCCCCUACGACUCCGACUCCCUGAAACUCAAGAAAGGAGAUAUCAUUGACAUAAUCAGCAAGCCUCCCAUGGGCACCUGGAUGGGUCUGCUGAACAACAAGGUGGGGACGUUCAAGUUCAUUUACGUGGACGUGCUGAGCGAGGAAGAGGAGAAGCCCAAGAGGCCCGUGCGGAGGAGGAGGAAGGGCCGCCCCCCCAAACCCAAGUCGGUGGAGGACCUCCUGGAGCGAAUCAACCUCAAGGAGCACAUGCCAACUUUCCUGUUUAACGGCUAUGAGGAUCUGGACACUUUCAAGCUGCUGGAAGAGGAGGAUCUGGAUGAGCUGAACAUCGGUGACCCUGAACACAGAGCCGUUCUGAUGACUGCUGUGGAGCUGCUGCAGGAAUACGACAGUAAGGGAUCACAAAUUGUUGGGAAAGGUAAUAGUGAUAUGGAGAAAAGUGCUCACUCAGGCUCCCAGGAGAAGCUCCUGUCAGAUGGGCAAGGCCUGACUGGGGAGUCUCCCCGGGACUCUGGCUGCUACGAGAGCAGCGAAAACCUGGAGAACGGUAAGAUCAGAAAAAGUCUGCUGUUCACCAAAUCCUCUGCAGAACCAGAAUCAAACAGCCACCAGUUGGUCAACUACCCCACCCUUCCACUGACAAAAUCCACUGAAGCCUUGCAGCAUAUCAAGAAGGAGCGCAAGUUCAGCAAGCGACAUUUCCCCAAGCCUUCAGUCAAGUCUUUCAACAUGCUCAGUUUGAAAAAGAAUGGCUGCAGUCUGCUGGUGCCUGCGAGCCGCAGCUGUGAGAAUCUGGGCGAGCAGCAGUUGGCUCAGGACCUGUGGAAACGCUCCCGCUCACUAGGGGACCUCCAUAGUGAGCAGGGCUCCGACAGCAAGAAAAUCCACAGCUUGGAGUUCAAAGUAGCUAGGCCCAUCAGUAUUGCUGCAGACACUAUGUGCGACCAGGGCAGCAGAAGGCAAUCUCCCAGCACUUCCAAACAGGGAGAAACUGAACCGAACUCACUAGUGAGUCCAAUAAAACUAGAUACAAACUGUGGCGCUCAGUCGCAUGUAGCUUUACAGAACUCUGUAAUCAUGAGUGAUUCACAGCUCACCAGGACUGACCUAGAAGGACCCAGAAGCCCAGUCCCCCAAGAGCAAGCCCCAGAGAAGAAUGAAGUGAGGUACGACACAAAGACACAUUCCAAAAAGCCAUUGCAGCCUCCUCCAGUCCCUGCCAAGAAAUGCAGGGAACGCUUAUCUAAUGGCCUUGAUCAUCCAACCUUAAUCCUCCCAAAACCAGAUGCACUAUCUUUACCCUUAAAGGCCAGUCCUUCUAGUCCAGUUGACUGUGGACCACCCUGUGCCUCCCCUGAGGAGGAGCCAGGCACCCCCCCAGCGACACGGCCACCUUGGCUCUCCGAUCUCCCAGAGAAUGCUUGUCUCCAGAUGCACGGUGUUAGACGAGGCCCAGCCUCGGGAAGGAAGAUCCCCCACACAAGAGUGGCUGACCUAGAAAUGCUGCUUGAGGAAAGGUUAGAGUCUGAGGGGAUCGAUCUCACCGAGGAGCCUUAUUCAGACAAGCAUGGUCGUUGUGGCAUUCCAGAAUCCCUGGUGCAGAGGUAUGCCGAAGACCUGGAGCAGCCUGUUAAAGAUGUGGCUUCAAACAUGGACCAAGUUCGGGUGAAGCAGCUUCGGAAACAGCACCGCAUGGCAAUCCCCUUUGGAGGUCUUACUGAAAUCUGCCGGAAGCCUGUGUCUCCUGGACAUCUCAGCUCAGUCUCUGAUUGGUUGGUUUCUAUCGGACUGCCCAUGUACUUAAACCUGUUUACAGCAGCAGGAUAUAACACGCUGAACCAAAUAGCCUCUCUGGCAGAGACUCAUUUCCGGGAAGCUGGCGUCAAGGAGGAACGACACGUUAACAGGCUGUUAGCGGGCGCUAGGCUGGUUCAACACAGCGAUGCUCGGUUAUAACGAAAAAAACACGACAACUUCAACUUUUGUUUCUUGUUUAGUUUUCCUUUCCGGUGUUUUCUUCAACACCUGACUACCAAGCUUAAACAUUUUUUUUUUAAAUGUUUCCUUUAGAAACAAGUUCAGUGCUUGUUCCACUGGGAAGACGGUGAACUGCCUUGUGGGUUAAUACAAGUAUUUAACUUGGGUCUGUUUUGCUUGCUGGAGCACUGGUAAGCAACAAGGGGUGUUAGCUAGGCCAAAUCAACCUUCCUAUUUAGUUUACAACUUUUGUGGUUCCAGCUAGUUAAACCAAGCGGUUGAUGCAGUACUAAUUAUCCUGUGUCUGCAAGGAAUCAACUAUAUUAUCUUGCUAUAUACAACGCAUUUUUACUUUACAAAUAUGUAAAAUCACUUUAGUGAAUAAUUACACAUGUAACCAGCUGUUUUAAUUAUCAGAAUAUACUGCAAAAAAUAUGUAUGAGCUACUUGUGAUGUAUCUGUUUUAAUAUGUAUGUAUGAUAUGGUUUUAUUCUGACUUUUAUAUUGUCAGUGUGCUAGAGUGAAGCUGUGCGUUCAGACAUGGCAAAUCUGACACGGUUUCCAAUGUUUAGAGAAUUAAUUUAGCUGACUAAAUUAUACAGAAUUAAUAACAUGUAAACUUGGUGCCACAGAUAUCAAAGUAGUUUACUGUAGAGCUGCAUCAAUAAGUACAUUUGUUAGCCAUGACUUUCUAUGCUGGCCAAGAUUUACAAAAGAUGAUGGGCAUUAUAGAGGAAAUGACUAGGGUAAAUAUGAAUAACGAUAUUAUUUUCUUCAGUUUUAACUGAAGACAGUAAACUUAAUUUGCAUAUUUUUCAAAGUAUUUAGGCUAAUGUUUACAGGACUAUUACAGGAGUGUAAAAACUUGAAGUGUUUAGGGAAAGCUGAAACUGUAUUGCCCCUGUGACCGGGUAGUAUUAGCAGUUAGACUCGGAGACCAGAAUGCUGCCGUUCAUGUUCUCAUGCGCUUUUUAUUUACAAUUACAAAAACAAAACAAACAAACAUACACGCACACACACAGUACUGUACUUUCAUCAUCACAAUUCUAAACAAACUUCCGUGAUCACCAUUUUUAUACAACUCUGGCUGGAGCCUAAUUUAAUCAUAUAUUCAAUUUACGGCUCCAGCCACUUUCCCACGUUUUUUGCAGGGAGAAAUUUAAUCCCCUCCCUGCCACCCAAUAUUCCCCCUACACACACA